AUGGAUAAGUCUCCCAGGGAGGGAAUUGUGGGUGAUGAUGAUUGGUCUCAUCUGUCCGACCGCGCUUCUCGUCGACGGAUUCAGAACCGACUGUCGCAGCGAAGACGACGUAGGUGUAAGUCUCCCGUCAAACCCUUGUGCAUCUCUGCUCUGAUGCAAGCCCGGGUAGUGCAGAAGGAAAAAGCAACCCAGCAGCAGGUUGAAUCGGAGCCACCAACCAUGGCUGGUGCGGAGAAUGCUGUCCAAGAUUCAAGCACGUCGCUGCAGCUGGAGGCUGAUAUGGGUUGCGCGGAGAACGUUGCUGCCCACUCAACCUCAGCCCUCGACGAUCAACCACGGACUCCGGCGACACUUAUGGACCAGCUGGACCCAGAAACUUUGUGGCCUGAUGACUUUCUGCUGAGUCACCAAGCCAGCAUAGACGAUGUAACCGAACUCAUGGGUCUAAAAUACUACGAUGCAUUUAAUGCCCAUAAGGGCAGGUUACCACCCGUCGGAGAAACCAGAAUGUCGCGUUCGAGCGAGACAGAAGGAUGCGAGAAAUCCCAGACGCACCAGGUUACGUGUCUGCCGGAGGCGCAAGAGCCGAAUGCGAGACAUGAGGUUGACGGUCUUUGUCUCCCAGUUACUUCUGAAGCCGCCGCCCAGCGGCCCUUGUCUCUUAGACAUUAUCCGCUCGACCUGUGCAACUGUUGUGGCCGGGCCCACUCUGAGCAGAUCACCGCUCAAUCGAUAUCAAAUAAGGUCGAUGACAAGCACUACGCGAAAGUCUCGGUCGAGCAUAGGAAGUCGGCUGCGGUGCGGGGGACGUCCAACCCACUCGAUACGGGUGAGCUCUGCACCGCAAGUGGAUCCACAAGCUUGCAUUUGGCCGUGCGUUCGGAUCAUGUCUCAAUAGUCCGGUUACUACUUGGAUCUGGCCUUGAUCCUGAUUCUAAGGACACGGACGGGCGUUCGCCACUCCAUCUAGCUACCACGAGUGGGAACCAAGUCCUGGUGCAUAUGUUGUUGGAGCAUGAGGCCGGUCCUGAUUUGUGUGAUCAAUGGGGACGUACACCAUUACAUUAUGCUGCGAUGAGCGGUGAUACCCGCACAGUUCGAGUCCUCUUGCAAUAUGGUGCCGAUGCCAAUAUCCGUGACAGCACUGGGCAUAAUGGUCUUCAUUUGGCGGUUCUGGGUGGCCAUGAAGAGGUCGUACGCUUGUUGUUGCAGCGAGGGGUGGACAUGCGAUCUCGAGUGGCACUUUAA